AUGGGCCCGGUGAAGGAGGGCGCCGACAUGGAAGAGGGAACCCUGGAGAUCGGCAUAGAGUACAGGACAGUUUCUGGUGUGGCAGGACCUCUGGUUAUCUUGGACAAAGUAAAGGGCCCAAAAUACCAGGAGAUUGUAAACAUCCGAUUGGGAGAUGGCACCACCCGGCGUGGUCAAGUUCUGGAAGUUGAUGGUGAAAAGGCUGUCGUGCAGGUCUUUGAAGGCACUUCAGGAAUAGACAACAAAUACACAACUGUUCAGUUCACAGGCGAGGUCCUGAAAACUCCUGUAUCGCUUGAUAUGCUUGGUCGUAUUUUUAACGGCUCUGGAAAACCUAUUGAUAAUGGCCCCCCGAUAUUGCCUGAGGCCUACUUGGAUAUCUCCGGAAGUUCUAUUAACCCAAGUGAGAGAACCUACCCAGAGGAGAUGAUUCAAACAGGGAUAUCUACAAUUGAUGUCAUGAACUCCAUUGCUCGAGGGCAAAAGAUUCCUCUCUUUUCUGCUGCUGGUCUUCCUCAUAAUGAAAUCGCUGCUCAGAUUUGUCGUCAGGCUGGUCUUGUCAAGAGGCUGGAGAAAGGAAAGCAUGCAGAGGGUGGUGGUGAAGAUGACAAUUUUGCUAUUGUGUUUGCUGCUAUGGGAGUGAACAUGGAGACAGCCCAAUUCUUCAAACGUGAUUUUGAAGAGAAUGGUUCAAUGGAGAGGGUCACCCUUUUCCUGAACUUGGCAAAUGACCCCACGAUCGAACGCAUCAUCACCCCUCGUAUUGCGCUAACAACAGCAGAAUAUUUGGCAUAUGAAUGUGGGAAGCACGUUCUGGUCAUCUUGACAGAUAUGAGUUCAUAUGCAGAUGCACUUCGUGAGGUAUCAGCAGCCCGAGAAGAGGUGCCAGGUAGGCGUGGUUAUCCUGGAUAUAUGUAUACUGAUCUGGCAACCAUUUAUGAGCGUGCUGGGCGUAUUGAGGGAAGAACAGGCUCCAUUACCCAAAUACCCAUUCUAACUAUGCCUAAUGAUGAUAUCACACAUCCAACUCCUGAUCUCACGGGGUACAUUACUGAAGGACAGAUAUACAUUGACAGACAGCUCCAUAACAGACAGAUAUACCCACCCAUCAAUGUCCUUCCAUCUCUCUCUCGGUUGAUGAAGAGUGCUAUUGGUGAGGGUAUGACCCGUCGUGACCAUUCAGAUGUGUCUAACCAGCUUUAUGCCAACUAUGCUAUUGGAAAGGAUGUCCAGGCCAUGAAAGCAGUCGUGGGAGAGGAGGCUCUCUCUUCUGAAGAUCUGCUUUAUCUAGAAUUCCUUGACAAAUUUGAGAGGAAAUUUGUAGCACAGGGAGCAUACGAUACUCGGAACAUCUUCCAGUCACUUGACCUAGCAUGGACAUUGCUCCGCAUCUUCCCUCGCGAGCUUCUCCAUCGUAUCCCCGCGAAGACCUUGGAUGCGUUCUACAGCAGAGAUGCUGCCCACUGA